AUGCCUGCUGCCCGGAGAAAAGCCAAGUCCAAGGCGCCAGUGACAUUUGGAGACUUGGCCAUCUACUUCUCGCAGGAGGAGUGGGAAUGGCUGAGCCCUGUUCAGAGAGAUCUGUACGAAGGUGUCAUGUUGGAGAACUACCAGAACCUGGUGGCCCUCGGACUGUCCUCUCGGAGGCCCAAUGUGAUCACUUUAUUGGAGAAGGGGAAGGCACCCUGGCUGGUGGAGUCAGCAAGAAGACGCCGCGGCCCUGACUCAGGGUCUAAGUGUAAGACCAAGAAGUUACCUGCAAGUCAGUGCAGCAAAGCUGGGCUAAGUAUCCAUCAGAAACCAACUUCUGCACCACAGAAAGUUCCCCCAGGAAAGAGGGGCUGCAGAAGCAAUCCAGUCAUAAUAAAAUCCAAGAAAGGGCAUUCAGGGAAGAAAUCUUCAAAAUGUAGUGACUGUGGAAAAACCUUCAGGCAGAGCUUAUCUCUUCAACUUCAUCAGCUCUCUCAUACUGGAGACAAGCCUUAUGAAUGCAGUAAUUGUAGGAAAGCUUUCCGAAGGAUCUCUUCCCUCAUUCUUCAUCAGAGAAUUCACACUGGAAAGAAAAGCCAUGAAUGUAGCAAAUGUGGGGAACACUUCAGUCAAAGGAUAAGCCUUAUUCUGCAUGAAAGAACUCAUGAUAGGAAGGAAACUUCUCACUGUGCAAAGGCCACGAGUCAGUGCCCAUCUCUCAGUACCCAUCAGAGAAUUCACAUUGGUAAGAUGGUCCACCAGUGCAGAAAGUGUGGGAAAGCUUUCAGUCGGAUGUUGUCUGUCUUACUUCAUAAGAAAAUUCACACUAGAAAGAAAAUCCACAAAUGUUGUGCAUGUGGGAGGGGUUUCAGUAAGGAAGUAGCCCUUGUUUUGCAUAAAAGAAGUCAUAUUGGAGAGAAAACUCAUGAAAAUGGGAAAGCCUUAAAUGAGGGUCAGCAGCAGAGAAAGUACUUGAUAGAGAACCCUUACAAAUGCAGAAAAUGUGGGAAAUCCUCUAGUAAGAUUGCAUCCCUUCUGCUUCAUCAGAAAUUUCACACUUCAGAGAAGCCCUAUAAAUGUGACAAAUGUGAGAAGGUCUUCAGGCGGCUUUCAACCCUUCUUUUACACCUAAGAGCUCAUAAUAGGCAGAAACUGUAUAAAUGCAACAAAUGUGAUAAGGUCUGUAAUCGGCAUUCAUGUCUUAUUCAACAUCAGAAAGUUCAUACAAAGAAAAAGAAGCUGAUUGAAUGUAAGGAGUGUGGGAAGAUGUUUUCUGGGGCUGCAAACCUGAAAAUACAUCAGAACAUCCAUUCUGAAGAGAAACCUUUCAAAUGCAGUAAAUGUAGCAAAGUCUUUGGCCGCCAGUCAUUUCUCAUUGAACAUCAGAGAAUUCAUACUGGAGAAAAACCCUAUCAGUGUGAGGAAUGUGGGAAAGCCUUCAGCCACCGGAUAUCUCUUACUCGACACAAGAGGAUUCACACUGAAGAUAGACCCUAUGAGUGUGAUGAGUGUGGGAAGGCGUUCAGCCAGAGUGCACACCUUGCCCAACACGAAAGAAUUCACACUGGAGAGAAACCCUAUACAUGCAAAACAUGUGGGAAGGCCUUCAGUCAGCGUACAUCCCUUAUUCUCCAUGAAAGGAGUCAUACAGGGGAGAAACCCUAUGAAUGCAAUGAAUGUGGGAAGGCAUUUAGCAGUGGCUCAGAUCUUAUUCGACAUCAAAGAAGUCAUUCCUCAGAGAAACCGUAUGAAUGCAGUAAGUGUGGGAAGGCUUACAGUAGGAGCUCGUCCCUUAUUCGACAUCAGAAUACACAUUCUGAAGAAAAAGCCUAG